UGGUGUUUAAGCCAAGCUGAGUACUUUGUGUACGGUCCCUAGUGCAGUGAUUUGCAUCUCCCUCUUCUGGGUUGCUGGGCUGGAGCUGGAGCUGGCAGCUGUCUCAGUCGGAUUCUGGCUGAGAAAGAUGGAUGGACAUUGGACAAGAAGGCUGUGAGCUGCAGGUGACCAUCACGCUCACAGACAAAGGAGAAUCCUAGAAGCAAUCCAUGACCUGUCAUUUUAUCAAGAGCCCAGCGGGUGACAGACUCCUUCCCAGAAGUUGAAAGAAAAUGUUCACCCUUGGCUGAUUAGAUUCCUCCUUUCCAAAUAAGUGGCUUCUCUGGUAAUGGGCUGUGUCUCUCUGAGCAUAGCAAGGCAAAGAAUGCAAGCGAUCAGAGAUUACAGAUCAGUGACGGAGAUGUUCCCCGGUCUCCUGGGAAGGAGAGGAUUCUGGAGCCUUCUAUUGGCAGGCCCAUUCUGCUGAAUUAGCUGAGGUCUCCUGCCUUCUUCUCCACAGCUUCCACCCUCUUGAGGCUCUUCAGAUAUAGUCUGUGAACCUAGCUGAGCAGCAUCACUGGAAAAAAAAAAAAUGACUGAAGAACCCAUCAAAGAGAUCCUUGGGGCCCCAAAGUCCCCCACACCUGUGAUAAUGGAGAAAAGCCCCAAGGGCGAAGUAGUGGUCACCACAGUUCCCCUGGUCAGUGAGGUCCAGCUGAUGGCCGCCACUGGGGGGACUGAACUCUCCUGCUAUCGCUGCGUUGUCCCCUUUGCUGUGGUGGUCUUCAUUGCUGGGAUCGUGGUCACUGCCGUGGCUUACAGCUUCAAUUCCCAUGGUUCCAUCAUCUCCAUCUUCGGCCUGGUCCUUCUGUCAUCUGGACUUUUCCUAUUAGCCUCCAGUGUCUUAUGCUGGAAGGUGAGACAAAAAAGCAAGAAGAACAAGAGACGUGAGAGUCAGACAGCUCUUGUGGCAAACCAGAGAAGCUUGUUUGCUUAGGACUGAAUGAGACCAAACGGGAAACAUCAACCCUAAACCUGCUCUGACUUGGUUAGCUGAUUCACGCAGAACCAGGGCAGGAAGGACUGGGCUAGAAAUAGGAAAGUGGGAGGAAGGGAGCGGGGAGUCCUCCUUGGUGAGGAUUAACCUGUUUUCUGUUAAUGUCUUCUUUGUGAAUGUCUCCUUUAAUGACAAACUUAAUCUUAAGGGCUAUUUCUGAGACAGUGGCAUCAACUGUCUCUUUUUGUUAAACGUUUUGGGGGCUAGAGGAGAGAAACAGAAAUAGGUAACAUUUGGGUCACCUUGGAAAGCCACUACGGAAUGACGAGAAAAUGAUGGUCCUCACCCACCAGGCUCCAGGAGAAGUAACCCUGGAGAGAAUGCUCUGAGGAGCCAAACUGUAGACAUGCUCUGCCCAAGCCCUGUGUGGGCUUGGCAUUUGCAAGUAUGUAUGAAGUUCUGUGAUAACCGUUGGUCAAUAAGCUGAUUUUCUGACAUCCCUCUUUGUUUUACACUUUCAGUAACUCAUCACUGGUGGUACUUUAUCUGGAAGAACAGACUAAUUUUUUUUAUAUAUAUUUUAACAUUGGAUGGUUUUAGGUGAAAGACAUAGCUAAUAAAUGACAUUGGGGGUUAAAUUAAUAUUUUAAUAACCCGCAUAGCACUUUUGACAAUUUUUAUACAAAGAUUUAAUGUACAUUUCAUUCAAAAUAAUAAAUACUCAUUGCUGCUCAAACUUCUUAAA